CGGCUGCCGGGCGGCUAAGGGGGAUGGCGAGGACUGGACGCUGAGCCAGGGACAGCGGGGCUGCGCUGAAGCGGGAGCUGCAGUGGAAGCUGAAGCCGGAGCCGGAACCCGAGCGCUACCAUGUCUACGCAGAGACUGCGGAACGAGGACUACCACGACUACAGCUCCACCGAUGUGAGCCCGGACGAGAGCCCCUCUGAAGGCCUCAACAACUUCUCUUCCUCCGGCUCCUACCAGCGGUUUGGGGAAAGCAACAGCACAACAUGGUUCCAGACCUUGAUCCACCUGCUAAAGAGCAACAUCGGCACAGGACUCCUGGGGCUGCCUCUGGCGGUGAAGAAUGCAGGCAUCUUGAUGGGUCCCCUCAGCCUGCUGGUGAUGGGCAUCGUGGCCGUGCACUGCAUGGGUAUCCUGGUGAAAUGUGCUCACCACUUCUGCCACAGACUGAACAAGUCCUUUGUGGACUAUGGGGAUACGGUGAUGUACGGACUGGAGUCCAGCCCCAGCUCCUGGCUCCGAAACCACGCGCACUGGGGAAGGCACAUCGUGGACUUCUUCCUGAUUGUCACGCAGCUGGGAUUCUGCUGUGUCUACUUUGUCUUUCUGGCUGAAAACUUUAAACAGGUGAUAGAGGCGGCCAACGCGACCACCAACGACUGCCAUAGCAAUGAGACGGUGAUUCUGACGCCCACCAUGGACUCAAGACUCUACAUGCUGACCUUCCUGCCCUUCCUGGUGCUGCUGGUUUUCAUCAGGAACCUCCGAGUCCUGUCCGUCUUCUCCCUGCUGGCCAACGUCAGCAUGCUGGUCAGCCUGGUCAUGAUCUACCAGUUCAUUGUUCAGAGGAUCCCAGACCCCAGCCGCCUCCCGUUGGUGGCGUCCUGGAAGACCUACCCUCUGUUCUUUGGCACGGCCAUUUUUGCAUUUGAAGGCAUUGGGAUGGUUCUGCCCCUGGAAAACAAGAUGAAGGAUCCCCGGAAGUUUCCACUCAUCCUGUAUGUCGGAAUGGCCAUCAUCACUGCCCUCUACAUCAGCCUGGGGAGUCUGGGGUACCUGCAGUUUGGAGCUAAUAUUCAAGGCAGCAUAACCCUCAACCUGCCCAACUGCUGGCUGUACCAGUCGGUUAAGCUCCUCUACUCCUUCGGCAUCUUCUUCACCUACGCCCUCCAGUUCUACGUCCCAGCCGAGAUCAUCGUCCCCUUCUUCGUGUCCCGCGUGCCCGAGCAUUGCGAGCUGGUGGUAGACCUGUUUGUGCGCACCAUGCUGGUCUGCCUGACGUGCAUCUUGGCCAUCCUCAUCCCCCGCCUGGACCUCGUCAUCUCCCUGGUGGGCUCUGUGAGCAGCAGCGCCCUGGCCCUCAUCAUCCCGCCCCUUCUGGAGAUCACCACCUACUACUCGGAGGGCAUGAGCCCCCUCACUAUCACCAAGGACACCCUGAUCAGCAUCCUCGGCUUCGUGGGCUUUGUGGUGGGGACGUAUGAGGCCCUCUACGAGCUGAUGCAGCCAAGCGACACUCCCAUCUUCAUCAACUCCACCAGUGCCUUUCUAUAGUGAUCUGGGUGCAUUGCCUGUACCUGCCCGCCCCACCGCUGUAUGUUCCCCAGCACCUGGCCCCAGAGCCUCAAGCAGGGUCCAGGCUCUGGGGAAAGGCAAGGUUGCUGUCUGGGAACCUCUCUGCCUGGCACCCCUGGGCCAGGUAGGGCCAACGGCAGGGGAGAAAGCGGGUAGCAGAUAUCUGAGAGGUACCUCUAGUGGCAGUGCCAUCACUGUUCCCUUGUACUUAUUUUAACCCCAAACCUUUCAGCUCUUUUCCCUCAUCCUGCCUCCUCCCUUACCUGCCUCCCUCCUUCUGACCUCCCUCCCCCAAAUUAUUCCUGUUGCACAACUCACUUUAUUUAAAAAUGUUAGCGUCCCCCACCUCACGUUUCCCCCUUUCCUGGGCCAAGCCUAGAUCAAAUAAGUGGGAGCUCCCCGUCUUUACAAAGCCAAGCCUAGCUCUUGCUUUUCUCUGUCCCAAGUGUUUUACCUUGAGGUUCUCCUACCUAUUCAGGUCUCCAGACAGUGUCUGGACCUACCUAGUAGUUUGAAACCAGCCCCCAAAGCUGGAGCUUUUAAUCUCUCCUCUCUCUGGCUUGCCGUGACCCUUGACAACACCCACUCCUCUCCGAAUCACUCGUGUGGGUCACGAGACUGUCUUCUUAGUUGCUUUAGCUCCCAAAAGAUAUCAAGCACUCCCUAAAUUGAAAAUAUUUAUAUUUUAUUUAAAUUAGCUUUUGGGUUUAGACUCUGUCUCUAGAUCUGGAGUUGUCGUGAAUUGUUCCUUCCUCAGUAAACUUUUGCUCAGCUUCUCCUGCUGAAAAGAAACUUACUCCAGGAACUGUCUGCUUUGCUCCUCAGCACUGCUGGCUGAGGACCCCAAAGGGUUGAAUUAGGGUCGCCUUUGGGUGUAUCUCUGUGGGGGGCGUGGACUCUGCCUCCCGUUGGCCAGCCUGAUUUCAUGUUGAGAAGAUGUGAAGGACUCAGGAAAUACUUGCCAGUGCAUGAGGCCGGGGGAAAGGCGGCUGAGUGGGGUGUAUGUCUGUCCACGGGAGGCUUAUAAAAUGGUUGCUUUGUACGUUCAGGCCCGUUUUGCAGCCUCAGCCCUUGACAGGUAAACGGCAUGGCAGCAUUCAGUUGCCAUCAUGCCAGGAAGACACCCACACUGUUGCUAUGGAUGAGAAGAUGAAGCCAGUGUGCACAGAGAGGGUGCAGUUCAGUUCCUAGAAUGCACAGCCGCUGGUCUGAUACGGUGCUUGGUUGUUUACAAUCAACGGGGAGCAGGGCAGAAACAGUGCCCACCCCAAGCUGCCUCCAAGACCUGGACUUCUAAAAGAACCACUUGGUUGGGGACUUUGGUCCCCUGUGUGCUAAACACUAAUUGUGACCCCUGUUGCUCCCCUCAAUGCCUCCCUGAGUAACAGAAGUAGCCUCAGGGUUGGCUCACCUCAAGGCCAGCCUUCCGACUUGGGAGCAGACUGCAGAGAAGGCAGGGGAAGGCGCAUUGCCUUGCUUCCGGCUGCCUCUCCUUCGCUCUUGGUGUGAGAAGGGUUUCAGAAGGGUAUGCAUUACUCUCCGUCUCUCGAGCUGUGUGUGUGUGUGUGUUCAUGGGACCUGCUGUCUUCCACUCCUGUCACCAGGCUCUUGCUCACCUGGAGAGACUGUUCACCCUGAAAGUGGAGACAGCAGCACAACUUUGUCAGGGGUUUUGUUUUUGUGUUUCACCAAAGCUCAUAAGGGCUGUGACCCACCCCCACGGCCCCGGCUUUUUCUUUCUCUUCCGUUCCAAAGCGAAACUCUCUUAUUGCAGUGACUCCUAACCUACCUGAUAAUUUAUGAACUUAGGAAGAUGUGAUGAGUGGUGACUUGGUCUCCCUUAGGAGAAUGACACUUUUCACUCUUUCUGUUCUUGGAUGGUCACUAAGAGGUGCUAAUAGGAUCAAGAUUCUGGCUGGAGGGAGCAGCGGCCCUGUCCUCUGAAGCCUCAGGCCUAGAAGUUACCAAAGUGGGUUCUAGAACAGUCCUCCUUCUAUGCGAGCCCGGGCUCCAGCAGACCUUCCGCAGCGGUCCUGAGAGUUGUUCUCCGUGAGCAGGUGCGUGCCAGUAGAAGCAGGUCAGACCCGUGUCCUGCCCACAGCUUCUGCACUGGAGGCUUCUGUGCAUUCCGAGCUGCGAGAGGCAGCCCCAUCCAGGAGGGUAGUGAGACUGGGACUGUGACGCUGGGACCUGAGGUCCUCUGGCCCCAGGUCUUAGCAAAACACAGACUAUUGCUUAAGGAUCCCUGGCCCAGGGAAGAUGGUGUGUACCAGAGACAGCCCUGGCAUUGGGGCUUCUGGAAGCUCAUUUGGCAUGGCCUUCGCCCUGUGUGAUCUCUUUCCUGUGCUGCUGCUGCCUUGACAGCCUGAUCGCGUGGCUGCUGCGAAGACCCAGGCCAGGCGGCCCAGUCAGGGGACCUUCCCGAUCGUGCAGUUGCACAGCAACUAGCUGUUGAGUAAAGUCAGCUGGAAGAUGGUAGCAGCAGGAAGCCCUUCCUCCUCUUCUGGGUCAGCUCAGGGAAGCCGACUCUUCUGCUGCCCACGCUGCUUCUUCAGUCAGGGAACCCCUCCCUGAUUUCUUCCACUGCUCGUUCGGAGCCAGCUGCCCAGCCUCUCCCGUGUCCUCCUCCAGCCCCUGGUGUAAAGCGCCAGCCUAAGUAGAAGUCUGAUGAAGGACAAGAGAGCAAAGGCUUUCUGGGGUGUGAGCCUGCGUCUGCCGGAGCAAAGGCCAGCCGGGGGUUUUCUGGCCCGGUACUGUUAGCCUCUGUCCCUCCCCCAGCUGCCCAUGCAGUCCUGGAAGUAGCUUCUCAGGGCCCCUGGUCCUCCCCUGCAGACACCGCUGUUGGGAGCAGGUUUCCAGCUCUGUGGGCAUGAGCCUCCCCUUAAAUGCAGCUGCUUGCUGGGAAGAGCAUGACCUGGCAUCUUCUGUUCAGUUUGCCUAGAAGGUGUCACCGUUCACAAGUGACAUUAUAAUACUGUGCUGCUGUCUGGCUGCUGGGAGCCCUUCCUCUGCCCAAACCCUGGCCAGGUGUAUGUGAAUGGGUAGCGGGUCUUAGCUCUGGGCCUGCAGCCUGCGCCCUCCCUCUCUGUCACUCACCCCUCCAGCUACAUCCUUUAGCUGAUCCGCACUGCUCACCCUCUGCCCCACUGAAAGGUAAAAUGUGCAACGUUAUCAUCUGUCUUAAAGUGAUGAUCCCAAACAGGUGCAUUAGGAGUCUUUUCCCCCUUUCUGUUCUCCUGUCUUACUUUUUCCUUCUCGAAUUUCUCCCUUCCUAAGUUAUAGAAUGUCAUCCCUGUUUAACACUACAUGUUCGCCUCAUGUUUUUUGGAAGUGCAAAAUCUCAAUUUAUGUCUGUUUACAGCUCUAUUCACUACGCACAGCAAGGGGGUGUGUAUCAGCGGGUUUUAUUUCAUAGCUGAUAAGGUGUUAAGGCCCAACAUCGGCCCCGAGUCAGAACCCGCAGCUGCUUCCUCCCAGAGGGGACAUAGAAUGCAAGGGGCACGACGUGGUGUUGAGGAGUCAGCUCAAGGCUGCCUUAGAAUUCAGUUUCCCAGAGUACUUUACAAAUCCCCAAGACCAUUAGGGGAGAGGAGGGGCGGGGUUUGUCUUUGAAGUCAUGGUCAACACUUCCAGACAGUUAGUCCUGCUGCUUGCAAGGCUGUUUGCUCUGACAGCAUCAGCCUGUUACAUUUCUUCCCUGUCUUUGGGCUGCUGGGUCGUUCCCUGACCAGGGGACAUAAAUGGUGCUGAUAUGAGGUUAUUGGAGUGGGAGAGUGGGAAAUGAGGGUGGAGGGUGCCCGCUGUAAGCCGCCUUCUUUUGGUUAAAUCAGGGUGAUGCUGGGGAAGCUAUCUUGUUCUAGUGAAGCAUAAACUUAUGUGACUCUAUUGUAAAACAUGUCAGUGGAUGUGUGAGUAAGAGGCAUUUGAAAAACUAGUGUCCAGCAGGUCUUGAUAACCAGACAGUACUGUGUAUGUCAUGUGCCUACGUGGAUGUAUAUUUCCCUCAUGGUAUGUGUAGAGAUGUGGAUCGUGCAGGAGCUUAAAGAAGAUCUCAUUUUGGUUUCUGCAUACAGAUCAUGUGUUAAACUUUUCCUUUUCAAUAAAUGAAUUUUAUUUUUUAUUUUUGA